UUAAUCCCUGGUUGGAGAGAUGUAAGAAAAUGUCGAAGUGUUGGCCGUUUCUGAUUGUCGCUGCUUCAUGGUUUUGUUUUCAGACCGACUCAGUGGCAGGUAUCUGCAUACCACCGAUGUAUGGCUUGGAUUGUAACUACACGUGCCAUUGUUAUACUUCAAACUGCGAUGGCGUCACAGGUUGUUCUGAUGGCUGCGACAAAGGGUGGCAUGGAUCAAAUUGUAACAAAGAAAAUAUAGCUUUCAAAAAGCAUACAAGUCAGAGUUCCUACUAUAGCGGCUGGUGGAAAAAUUCCUCUCUAGCUGUAGAUGGAAGUCUUGUCCAAGGUAGCAGAGCGAAAUACUGUAUGUUUACAGAACCCGGUCAUCCAUACACAUGGUGGCAGGUGGACCUGGAUAAAGAAUAUUACAUACACAAGUUAGCGGUCCACUUCAGAAAACGGCAAAAAAAUCGCAGAAAUGGAGUUAAGGUGUACAGCUCUCUUUAUGAAAACCUGAAAACCACUGGUCAGCUGUGUGGUUCAUCAACUCAGUCCAGUCCAGAUGUGACGUCAAUGACGUGUAACAACACAGCUAGAUACAUCACACUAUACAAAGAUGACAACAGCAGAGGAGACACAGCAAUGAAUUUCUGUGAAGUUCAAGUAUUUGUGUGUGCUCCUGGAACGUUCGGUGAUAACUGCUCCUUGUUCUGUCACUGUCGAAAUGGACCGUGUGACUACGUAACUGGAGAAUGUACUGGAGAAUGUCAACAAAACUGGACUGGGAUAACGUGCAGUGAAUGUGCUUCUAAUCUCUAUGGUCCUCUAUGUGAUAAACCGUGCUCCAGCAGACACUGUAAUGAAUCACGUGACAUAUCAUCAUGUGAUAAACAAACUGGACGAUGCGAUGACGGAUGUACAGCAGGAUGGAAGGAACUAGACUGUACAAAGAAAUGUUCACAGGAUAUGUAUGGCUUAAAAUGUGGAAAGUAUUGCAGUCUGCGACAGUGUCUUGGACGUUCAUCUUGUGAUCACGUUACUGGAAAAUGUGACCACGGCUGUGAUCGAGGAUAUUGGUCUGACGAUUGUAGAAUGAGGUGUCAGGACACCUAUGGAUUUAACUGUAACAUGUCUUGUGAUGCCAGACACUGUCAUGGUGGUACGACGUGUCCUAUGAUGACAGGACGAUGCGCAUAUGGUUGCCAACCUGGCUGGGAGUUGGCCGACUGCACAACUCCAUGUCAAGGUGGUACAUUUGGAUCAAGAUGUCGGUCAAAGUGUAGUGAAAGACUCUGUAAAGGAGGCAACUCAUCUUGUGAUGCUCAGAAUGGAACAUGCCAACAUGGCUGUCAGUCGGGAUGGAAGAGUUCAAGUUGUAACAUUGCAUGUGAUAGAGGAUUCUAUGGCGCUGGUUGUAAAUUCAGCUGUUCAGAAAGACACUGCAUAGUGAGUACGACGAGUUGUAACAAGGUCAAUGGUUCCUGUGAUGGUUUGUGCCAGGACGGUUGGAUGGGAGUCGACUGUGCAGGAUGUGAUGGGAAAUACGGACUAGAUUGUUCAUUAUCGUGUGAUGACAGACACUGUAAACACAACAAUGCACCAUGUGAUCACUUGACCGGAUCUUGUGAUGGUGAAUGUCUGCCUGGUUGGCAAGGUGCUACAUGUUCUGACAAUUGCAGUAAUACGACCUAUGGCGACAACUGUGCAAUGCUGUGUUCAGACAGACAUUGUAGUAACACAGCAUCGUGUCACCAUGAGACUGGUCAGUGUGUUGGUGGAUGUGUAUCAGGGUGGAAAGGAACAACCUGCUCGAAAGUAGAGUCUGCAGCAUCAUCUGAUUUUCCAGUCGGAUCUGCAGUUGGUGGCAUUGUUGCUGCAUUAAUUAUCAUAGCUGUGGUCAUCGUUAUCAUCGUAUUUGUCAGGAGACGAAAACUGAACACAAAAGAUCAGACUGAGCGUAGGUCUGUUCCAGAGAAGACGGAAAAUAUUCUAGUCGUGAGAGCAUUCUAA